AUGACUAAAAGAAAUAAAAUAGUAGAAAUAUUAGAAAAAAAAAAAGGAAAUAAGGAAAUAAAAAAAAUAGCUGGUAUACAGAGGAACUUAUAUAAUUCCUUUAGUGAACAUUUAUUUUAUAAUAAUGAAGAACAUAUUAAUGAAAAAAGAAGUAAUAGCUUAUUUAAUAGAAAAAAAAAGAAAACUAAAAAAAAGACAAAGAAAGAUACAUAUUCAAAAGAAAAGAAAGAUAUAUAUUUAAAAGAAAAGAGAGAUAUAUACUCAAAAGAAAAGAAAGAUAUAAUUAUGAGUAAUUUAUUAAACUCAAAAAGUAAACAUGAAUAUAAUAAGAUUCAAAAUAAUUCUUAUAAAAAAGUUAAACGAUUAAAUGAUAAUGGUAUAUUUAAACAUUAUUCAAAAAAAAAAAAGGGAUUUAAUUCUUUUUCUGAUUUUAGAUAUGAAAGAAGCAGAUGGAUGGGUGAAGAAGAUAAGAAUGUUUUAAGUACUUAUAUAGAAGAAUUAAGGAAAUUAUAUUUAUAUAAAAAUAGUAAUUAUGAUAGUGUAAUAAAUGAAAUAAAAAAAGACACUUAUUUUUGUAGCAUAUCAGAAAAAAUGAAUGAUAGUAAUACAUAUGACGAAAAAAAUAUUGUAAAUACUAUUAAAAGUCAAUUUAUAAGUAAUUCCUUAAUAAAAGUAUUCAAUAAUAUUGGUAGAGAAAUAGUCUACUUAAUCCAUUUAAUGAAACCAACUUCUAUUGAAAUAUUAAUAAGAAAACAAAUAUUAAAAAGAAUAAAACAAUUUCUUAAGAAGGUUUUUCCUACAUUUUACAUGAUAGUGUUUGGUUCUUGCAAUACAGAUUUAGAUAUAUAUAAUUCAGAUAUAGAUAUUUGUAUAUAUAACGAAUGUAAAUCUAAUAAAAAUAAUAUUCACGUAUUAUACAAUAAAAUGAGUAAGGAUAAACUAUUUACAAAUACUGAUAUUAAAAAAAUAUUGCAUGCUCGUGUCCCUAUAGUUAAAUGUUAUUUCAGAGAAGUUCAAUUAUCAAUUGAUAUUUCUUUUAAUCAAAUAAGUGCAUUGACGAGUACAAUAAAAACACAAAAUUACAUAAAAAAUAAUUCAUUAAUAAAGUAUUUAAUUAUGUUUCUAAAAAUUUUUUUAUCACAAAAUGAUUUAAAUGAUGCAUCUAAAGGGGGAAUUAGUUCUUUCAAUGUUUUAUUAAUGCUAACUAAAUUCUUAAAUGAAAAUGAAUUUGUUUUUUAUAAAAAAAAUAGUUUUUUAUAUAUUGGAGAAGUUGUACUUAAAUUUAUAUCUCAUUUUUCUUUAUUCAAGGAUAAAUCAAAUAUGGUUCUUUUUUUAAAUAAUUCUAAAGAAUAUGAUUUUUCAAAACUUAAUUUUUUUAAUAAAAAGAAUUUUUCUUUCUUUAACAGUAAUCUUUAUUUAAAUGAAUUAUUUGAUGAUAUAUUUUGUACAUUAGAUAUAAUUAAUCCUUUAGAAGAUGAAAAAUUAACAAAAUUGACUUUUGAUAAAAUUUUUAAAAUUAGAAUUUGCUUUAAGGAUGCUCUCUUUUCCUUAUCUGAUUUUGUUUUAAGAUAUAUAAAAAAAUAUGGUAAAGAUUAUUAUUUAAAAUACGAUAAUAUUUUUAAAAAUUAUUUUGAAAGUAUUUAUUUUUUAAAUUAUUUAGGAGAUAUAGAUAUAAAUGAAAAUUUAAAAAAAUACUAUGAAUUUUUUCAAUGUAAUAUUCAAAACUUUGAUAAAUUAAUUGAAAAUAAAGAUAAUUAUAAUAAUACUGAAUUUUCUCAUAAAGAAAAAAAAACAAAUUCUUCCUUUUUAAUAUGUAGUAAUAAUAAUAAUAAUAAUAGCAAUAAUAUUUGCAACAUUAAUUGUGAAAGUGUCUUUAAUUCUCACAUUUCUUUAAAUGAAAAUAAUAUUGAUUAUAAAAAUAAAGAUGAUAAAGUUAAAUAUAAAAGUGAAAAUCCUCAUAAUUCAAUAAAUACAUUAAUUUCUUUUUUUCUCAAAAUAUUUAAAGAAAAUAAUGUAAAAGAUUACUCCUUAGAAAAAAAUGAAAUUAAUGAUCAAUAUGAAUCUAAUGAAAAUAGAAAAAUCACUAAAAACGAUUUCAUAAAUGUAACAAAACAUAAGAAUAAUAAAGAAUAUAAAAUUAAUCAAAAUGAUAUUUAUACUGAUGAGAAAAUGAUAAACAAACAUAAAGUGAAAAUAGAUAAAAAAUAUACAGAAUAUGAUUUAGUAAAUUUAUAUAAUUCAGAUAUUAAAAAAAAAAUAAAUUCUACUUUAAAACCUGAUAUAGAAAAUUUAAACAGUACUAAUAUUUGUAGAGGUAAAGUAGAUAAAAGUGCAAAUGACUCUGAAAAUAUUUCAAACAAAAAAAAUUAUCCAAAUAUUUCACUCUCAAGCAAAAAUAUCAGUAAGCGUUUUCGCAUUAUAGGAGAAUUCAGAAAAGAUAUUGAUUCGUAUGAUCCUGAAAAAUUAGAAAGUAUAAUUAAUAAUAUUUAUAAAUUGUUUGAUAAUGAUAAUGAAAAUGAAUAUGUUUUUAGUAUUUGUAAAAAUUUUAGAGCACUAAAAUAUAUUCUGAAGGUUAAUAAAUUAAUAUAUGAUAGAUUCAAUUAUUAUUCUUUAUUUAAAGAUAUAUAUAAAGAUGAAGAAAAGAUACAUAUAAAUGAUAAUAAAUUAAUCGAAAAAUUAAAAAAAGAAAUGUUAAUAAAUUUAUUAAAUAUGAAAAAAUAUGAUACAGAUGAUUUAAUUCAUUUAGAAAUAAAUAAUGAUGUUUUUAUAGGUGGUCAUACGAAAAAUGCUACUAAGACUCAUAUUGAUUUAGAUAUAAAUAUAUAA